AUGAGUUUGAGAAAAACAAAUAAUAAAAAAGACAAGUUAUAUAUUAACAAUAUUAAUGCUUCAAACACAAUUAAUGUUGAAAGCACUAGUGGUAACAAUAACACUGACAUCAAUGAUCUCACAUAUAAUAUUAAAUAUGAAAAUAACAUUGAAGAACCUGCUGUUGUGAAUGACAAUGAAAGUGGUAUCUCUCCUUUGGUUUUCAAUUUUUCCAAGCCUGCAUCUAUUUCUACAAAUAAUGAAUUAAUGAAUUUAGAGUUUAUCAAAAUCAUCAAGAAAUUUAACAUUUCCUACAAUGCUCAUAAGAAGAUUGCCGCCCAUUUCAACAGUAUAUUAGAAAGAUCUGUUGAUCUCACUUACAGAGCAUCAAUACCAUACUACACCAGCGAACUCUUGAAGCGUUUCUCAAGCAUUGAGAAAAAGAAGUAUGACAUCUGUCAUAAGGGAUGCAGGCUGUUCAACGAGGCAAACAUCACUGCAUGUUCUAACUGCAGUGAGCCCAGAUAUAAAGAGGACAGUGACGAUCAAGGCCAUGCCAACAAACUGACACCUGGGCAUGGCCAGUACUUCCGCACCUCCCUUGCGACUACCAUCCGCACAAAGGAAAGUUUCCAAAACUAUGAUGAAUCAAGUUCGUCUGACAGAACCGGGUUAAAUGGACAAUUGCCUCUUGCCAAACUCUCUUCCUUUUCUAAUCCACUGUUUUUUGCAUUGGAUGAGAUGCAUGGCUUAUUCCAUGGUAUUGCAAAGCAGAUCUGGGGACUCGUUUGUGGUAAAUAUGGAGAGAAGAAUUCUCUGGUCCUUUCUCUUGUUGCACAAAGGGAAAUUGGUGCUGCCAUGGCAAUGACAAGAAGCACAAUCUCCACUUCAUUUCAUGGUGCAUGGAUCAAUGUGUCAACAAGGUUUGGAUACUCUAGGGCUGUAGACUAG